AUGUUGUUUGAUCCUGUACUCGAAUGGGGUAUUGGCAAUAAUAGUAACCAAAAGCAUUGGCUGCCCACCGUGGAGCAAAGUGGUCGAUGGGCCAACAUUCCACUCUGUCGAAUACCAGCAACACCAGAGUCACAACAGCAAGGCGACAAAAAGGAUAUUCAAGAGCGCGACAGGCAAGACCGACCGAAUACUGACAUCAGUUCUUCUGACAAGAAGAAACACUUUUUGUCAGCUUGUGUGUGGGCAUCCGCUACCUUUACCACUCGGGGAUCGUCGGAUCCCGACACGUCGACUUCUCUGAGACUGAUAGAAUGGCUCACCUACCAGUUUGAGAUUGCUCAGUUCGACCACGUUUACAUUUACGACAAUUCUCCUACCGAUGGUGCUACGACGUUGGAAUCGGUAACACGUCUCUUUCCUUCCCAUCAAGUUACUCGGAUCCCUUGGAAGCACCCCGUCUGCAACAAUAAGCCACCUGGUUCGAAUAAUCCUGGAGAGCGCAGUAGUCAAUAUGCCGCCGAAGCCAGUUGUCGCAUCCGAUACGGGCCCAUGACGCAGUGGCUGGCAGUUCUGGAUACCGACGAGUACUUGAUUCCACAACAGCAAAAAUCGCAUGACAAGAUAUCUUUGCGACAAUGGUUGGAACAGGCCAGCAUAGAGCAUGGCGAUACCAAGAUUUGGAGCUUUUAUCAGACCCGCGCCAUACCUAACAUUCGACUAAUGGACGCGGUUGCAUCGGCCAACCAUCCACAGUUUCAAUGGAAGAAACGUGACAAUACAACCUUUUUGGAAACUUAUAAUUGCGACCGUCUACAGUUUCCAAAGCCAGGCUGGGCUUGGCGUGCUCAAAAGCAAAUCUUUCAGCCGUCCUUUGUCCUCAUGCACUUUGUUCACUAUUCCAUCGUCACACGACGACUGCUCGAAGCACCCAACGAAUGGUCAGGCUUGUACAAAGAUCGACCACCGAACGAACGACGUGUCGACGAACGAAACCAAGCAUUCUUGCUUCAUGCCAAGACGACAUCCCCCAAGGCGACAGAGUAUUGGAAGAAACAGUGCCCCGUUGUCACCGUUGACGAUACAAAGCCAGACAGAAAAGGCAAAGACAAGAAAAGUAAUGACUGUCCUGUUGGCAUUCCGUAUCCCCCGGGAGCCAAGGAGGGAGCGACGGAUGCUGGGGGACGAGAGUACAAUUGCUAUCCCCACGAAGUCGUUUCCGAGGUUGUGGUACCUAGAUUAAAAGAGCUUUUGCCACCGCUCCUUCAACGGUACCGCGAAAUAAUCAAAUACUAG